GAAGAGGAGGGGAAGAAGAAGGGCUGUUUCUUUUUCUUCCGAACGGAUGAAUCACCGCCGCGCCGCUUCCGUCCCAUUGAUCCCCGCUUGAGAAGGGAGGGGCACUGGAACCCUCGCGGCGCCAAGGUUCGGAGCGCGGAACGCUGGCUGCCGCGGCGUUCCAUCCGGCGGCGGGUGGGCAGAGCUGCUCUUCCGAAGGGACUUGCCUCAGCUUCUCUACCUCCUAGCUGUCUUGGAAUACUGAGAUGGAGCAAUUGGUGCACCCUGAUUUGGAGCCCCUGAGCCAAGAUUUGGCGCCCCUGAGCCAAGAGACCUUCCAAGAGCUCUGGAGUUAUGUCCAGGACCCUAACUUAGACAUCAACUUGGAUCUGCCUGACAGCAUGGAACCCCCUGCCGUGCCUUUCCUGGAGGAGGUCAGCGGGGCAGGGGAAGGCAGCAACGAUUCGGCAGUCACCAUCACCUCCUCCACCGUCCCUUCCACCGAAGACUACCCCGGCGAGCACAUCUUUGAGCUGGCCUUUGAGCUGUCUGGGACGGCCAAAUCCGUCACUUGCACCUACUCACCGGUUCUGAACAAGCUGUUUUGCCAGAUUGGGAAGACAUGUCCAGUCCUCAUUAAGGUGGCCACCCCACCUCCUCCUGGUGCUGUCAUCCGCACCACAGCUGUCUAUAAGAAGUCUGAGCAUGUCGCGGAGGUGGUGAAGCGUUGCCCGCACCAUGAACGGGCCCCGGAGAACAGCGAUGCAGGUUUUGCCCCUGCUCAGCACCUGAUCCGGGUGGAAGGAAACCAGCAGGCCCAGUACGCCUCUGACAGGAACACCAAGCGCCACAGCGUCACCAUUCCUUACGAGACGCCCCAGGUUAUCAGACGGCCAGGGCGGCGGGCAGGGAAGGUGGGGACAUAUUGCACCACUGUCCUGUAUAAUUUCAUGUGCAAUAGCUCCUGCAUGGGAGGCAUGAACCGGCGUGCCAUCUUGACCAUCAUCACCCUGGAGACCCAGCAGGGUCAGCUCCUUGGACGCCGCUGCUUUGAAGUCCGGGUCUGUGCUUGCCCCGGACGGGACCGAAAGACAGAGGAGCAGAACUUCCAGAAAGUGGCUGUUAGUGGCGGAAAGGCCAAAAGGGCCCUAGGAAUGCGGAAACCCAAGAGUUUGGGGGCCAGGAGUAGAUCUGGGCAAAAAGGAGGAGGAGCCUUGGCUCUCCCUCAAAGUGCCAGUUCUGAAAACUCUAAGAAGCGCAUUGUGGAAUCCCACAACAACAACAGCAGCAGCAAUGCAGAAAACGGAGCUUACACUCUGAAGAUCCGUGAUCGUGCGCUCUUCCUAAUGCUGAAGAACAUAAAGGAAGCCGUUGAAUUCCGAGACGCAAAGAUGCGCGGGGAGCCGGAGAGUCAGAAGCCAGCCAAAGGGCUCCUGAAAACUCGAAAGCAAGGAACUGCGCCAUCUCCAUCGAAUCAGAAGAAGCUGAUAGUGAAGGAUGAGGCAGAAGAUUCCGACUAGUGGUUCUCCCUCUGCCCCUCCCCUGGCUAGCCAGGGAUUUGCCUCCCUCCCUAACCCCCACCUUUUUAUAUAUAUAUAUUAUUUUUUUUACAGUUUUGUCUUUCUAGAGUAGGGAUUCUGAGGCUUCACUCUUUAUGAACGCCUCCUGCUAACGCAGCUGCCUGCAUGACUGUGAUUGGCUGGGGCCAGAGCAGUUGAGCACCAAUCAAGUCUUUCUUGACGGCUGCUGUGGAGGGGCGGCCCUUUCUGUUGCCCCGCAUGGUUAGGGAGCUCAGCAAUACAAUGGUUGGGAACUAGCCCAGUUCUCGAAACUUGACAGGACACUGCCAGUUACUGUAGGCCAUCUCCCAGACCCUUUCCUGAAACAGCAGGCUGAGACUGGAGGAAAGGAGAGAGAGACAGUAGGCCAGCCUCUGGAGCGAGUCCCCUUGUCUCUUACAGAUCCUGUAAGAUUCCUGCUGGAUGAGGCCACGGGCUUGUCCAGUAUCCAGUAAGGGGUUUCUGGGCAAAUAGUAAUCAGAGGUACACUGCCUUUGAGCAUGGAAGCUCCGUCAAGGCUGCCAGCAGGCAACUCCUGCCCAUUCUCCAUUCUGCACACACCCCAAUCCUGAGCCGGCCCUGACAGAUAAAGAGAGCCAUCCCUAAGACUUUUCUCCUUCCUUCUCCCCCACCCAAAAAUGUUGAAUUCUGGGCCAAGUGCAAAGGAUGCCUUUGAAGUUUAAUUUUCAUACUGCUGCUGAUUUGCAUAUACUUUAUUCAGCUUCUGCUCCAGAGGGGCUAAGGAACUGCUGUGCCCCCUCACUUGUGGGAUGAGGGCUUCGCUUUGCAGAGGUGUCUCCCCCUCCCCCCACAGCAGACCCCAAAUUAGGUUCAGUGUUAGGUAGAGAAUGUGGAGUGGAAUCGCCUAGCUAGAUUCCACAGGGUUACAGGUGAGAGUAGCCUUUGCCAGCCGGGAUUACAACUCCCAUCAACCCCAGCCAACACAGCGGGCUGGGGCUGAUGGGAGUUGUAGUCCAAAACAUCUGGAGGGCACCAGGUUGGCCAAGGCUGGGGUUGGGCUUUUUCCAGAGGGGUGGGUGAAGAAAAUGACUGUAAAGGAAGGCUGCUUCAGGGCUGGUCCCUAGGGGGCGGGGCAGCAACACCAACCUCUUUCUCUUUCCCCUGCCCUCAAGUAAGAGUUUUUAUCAUGUGUUAACCCCCUUCCCACCUGAAUUAUCCAGUGCAUUAGUGCAGUCUUCCCCCCUCCUUGUUUCAUGCCCGAGGAACGCAUUUUCUUCUAAUUUAGCAAAGCCUCCUCCUUGUUUGCACAUUCCCAACCAUGUGGAUCACCUGAUUAAUUGCUUUUUGUAUGCUUUGAUUUUUCCUCGUGCAAAAUGUUGCAGUCACUAUUUUUUUUUUACUGAAUAAAGCAUACCUUGGUAUUUUU